CAGACCGCAUUUUUCAAACAACUUAGAAAUUGACAACACUUUGCUCAAAAGGGUUAAGGGAAACGAAUCAUAAUCAAUCCCAUCGUAAUCUAUCAAAUACUUCCAUCUGCUCAUCAUGUCAAUGCAGUCAAUGUCAGCGGCUCUUGAGAAGAAGAUCAGAUCAUUCUUACAAGGUCCUAGGAAAGGGGAGACUUACGAAUUAAGAAACGGAUUGGUAUCACAAUAUAAACAUGAAAGGAAAGAUGCCAUUCAACGAGUGAUUCAAGCCAUGACUAUUGGUAAAGAUGUUUCGUCACUUUUCCCAGAUGUGUUAAAGAAUAUUGCCACUUAUGAUUUGGAACAGAAGAAGUUGGUUUAUCUUUAUCUUAUGAAUUAUGCCAAGACUCAUCCUGAAUUAUGUAUAUUGGCCGUCAAUACUUUUGUUCAAGAUACAGAGGAUCCAAAUCCUUUGGUUAGAGCAUUGGCAAUCAGAACUAUGGGAUGUAUCAGAGUGGCUAGAAUGGUAGAUUAUAUUGAAAUCCCAUUACUGAGAACUUUAAAAGAUGAUAAUCCUUAUGUUCGUAAAACUGCUGCUAUUGGAGUAGCUAAAUUAUUUGAUCUUAAUCCUGAGAUUUGUAUUGAAUUAGGAUUCUUAGAUGAUUUAAAAGCAUUAAUUAAAGAUUCAAAUCCAAUGGUAGUGGCCAAUGCUUUGAAUGCAUUAUAUGAAAUUAAAGAUAUGAAUAAUGAUCCAGAAUUAUCGAUUUUUGAAAUUAAUGAAGAAAUCAUUAAGAAUUUAUUAUUAUGUCUUAAUGAAUGUACGGAAUGGGGAAGAAUCACUAUACUAACCACUUUAAAUGAUUAUUCUACAACUGAUCAAGAAGAAUCAACUCAUAUCAUUGAUAGAGUGAUCCCUCAAUUACAACAUGCUAAUCCAUCAGUAGUAUUAAGUUCAAUAAAAGUUAUUUUACAACAUUUACCAAAUAUUCCUGUUACAGCUCAAAGACAAUCUAUUUUAAGAAAAUUAUCAGCUCCAUUAGUUUCAUUGGUUAGUUCUUCUAUUCCAGAAGCUCAAUACGUUGGAUUAAAAAAUAUUAGAAUCUUAUUAGAAAAAUACCCCCAAAUUUUAUCCAAAGAAUUAAGAGUUUUCUUUAUAAAAUAUAGUGAUCCAUUAUAUUUAAAACUAGAGAAAUUGGAAAUCAUGAUAAGAUUAGCUAAUGAUAAUAAUAGUGCUUUAUUAUUAGGUGAAUUAAAAGAAUAUUCUAUGGAAAUUGAACCAGUAUUAGUUACAAAAGCUAUCAAUUGUGUUGGAUCGGUGGCUAUUCAAUUACCAGGAAGUGUUAUAAAAUCAAUCAAUUUAUUAAUCAACUUAAUUGAUGAAAGAGGUGGUGAAUUAAUUGUCAAUGAUUCAAUUGUGGUAUUAACUAAUAUUUUAAGAAGAUAUCCAGGUAAGAAUGAUUUAAUAACUUUAAUUAUCCCAGUUAUUGCCAAUCAUAUUGAUGAAUUAAAUACUCCCGAAUCAUUAUCUUCUUAUGUUUAUUUAUUAGGAGAAUAUCCAAAAUAUUUCUCUCAUUUAAGUGAUAAAUUAAAAUUCUUAAUUGAUGGAUUCUUAGAAUUUGAUUCUUCAUUACAAUUAUUAAGUUUAACAACUAUAGUUAAAAUUAAUUUAGUUUCAGAAAAUAAUGCUCAAUAUUCUAAUUAUUUACAAACUAUUUUAGAAUUAGCCACUAAGGAUUGUGAAAAUGCCGAUGUUAGAGAUAAAGCUUAUAUCUACUGGAGAUUAUUAUCUUCCUCGUCAUCUUCAUCAGCUAAAGAAAAGAUUAUUUUAGCAAAAUUACCUCCUAUCAAAACAACCAUAUCUACUUUUAAUCCAGUUGUAUUAGAAGCAUUGGUUAAUGAGUUAUCGACAUUAUCAUCAGUAUACCAUAAACCUUCAUUCACAUUUAUUGAUCCAAAUGCUUAUUCAUCAUUACAAACUGAAGAUGGUAAGAAACGUUUGAAAACAAGUAAAUCAAACAUAGAAGAUUUGACUAAAUUAGCUAAAUCAGAGAUUAUAAACAAUUCCAAGAAUGAAAACUUACUUGAUUUUGAUGAUGACGAAGAAGGAUUAAAUGAUAAUGGUAAUACUAAUGGUGGAUCCGCUAGUUUAUUAGAUGAAUUGAAUGAUUUAUUCAGUGCUCCGGCCGUUCCUCAAAAGGAUUCACAGGCUGCAGCUUCUGCCAAUGGUGGUGCUGGUAGUAUUAAUGAUAUAUUGAAUUUAUUCAAUACUAAUCAACCACCCCCAGCACAAUCAGCUGCAUUUAAUCAAGAUUUCAGUAAUUUGAAUGUUUCAACUCCAUCUCCAUCUCCUUCUAUCCCUAAUACCGGUACAAGGUCUAGUAAACCAAGUGAAGAUUUAUUAGAUCUCUUUUAGUAAUAUAAAAAAAAGUCUUUUAAUAUACAUUUUU